GGUGCGUUAUGAGUCUUAAAGUAGGUAAUUUGUUAAGGAAGUUUAUUUGUAACAAAAUUAAAAAAUACGAUACACAUUGUAUUUUAAGUCUGUGGAUCUUAAAAGAAAAUAACAUGUAUAAUCAGAUGGACGGGUUUCGGCUUUCUUCGGGAAUAGCUAUUCAUCUCGUAAUUUUCUGCCUACACCCUUCUGCGUUUUUUCCCCAAUUCAUAUAGGGUGUAGUGAAGUGAAUAUAUUUAUUUAUUUGUUGCAAUUAAUAAAUGAACAUCACGAAAUAGCUAAAUAAAACACUGUAGGCAAAUAUUAAAAAGUACCACCUACAGAAAGAUUCACAACAAAUUUCCCCAAUGGUUGUUUUUAUUGGUAGACACUUAAUUUUCAAAGAUGUAUUUCUAAUGAAUAAACUUGAAAUAUGUUGUAGCUAUCUCAUUAAUAUUGUUAAUAGUAGUCUCUCUCACUCACUCUCUUGAAUAUAUAAUCUUGACCUUGGGCCAGAGAACAUGCUCUUUGAGGAAUGAGCAUCUUAAGCUGCCUAAAUCACGGCAGUCCGUCUGUAAAUCAUGUCAGUCAACUCCACUUCUUACUACCCGUAUGAGAAGUGGAGUUUCUUCCUCACACGACCGUCAGGUAGGAUUAGUUGCGAGGCCUAGCUUGUGCAAGAGUAUUAGUGACCUACAGUGUCAUUUUUAGGUCCUUGUUAGAAUUCCUAGUUUUUUUUUAUAAACUGUGUCACGUUUCAGCUUUGGUAUACCGAGUAUGGCUUUCACAUGCAGUUCUCAUAGUUUAUUUCCAGAGCGAUCUGCUUUUAAUGGGCGCUCAGGAGUUAAUUCGGAUGUUAGUAAGCUCUUAGGGAGCCCACAGGCAAGCUCAGGAUCGAUCAAAGGCCGAAUUCCUGGCUAAUUUAUCCGCUAUUUCAUUGAUUUCUAAACCACUAUGUCUCGGCCCUAACAAAUGGGAAGUUUAUUGCUGCUGACCAGCAUGUCAUGGUUUGCCAUGCGUUCUGCAGUACCUAAGCGUAGGGUUGGUUGAACUGAGGCUAAAAAUUUAAUAGCCAUUUGUUCAUUGGACUAUCAUCGUUUGUUCAGUAGAGAUCUCAAUAAUUUCAACUUUCAAGUUGUUGAAUUUACUAAAGUUAUCUGUGAUUCAGUUUUUUAGGAUACCAUUUAAUUUAAUAAUGGAUAUGAGGUUUAGGUACAGUUGAGGUCGAGAAAAACAUAACUUAUUGCAUACAUAUCUGUUUAAAAGCAAUGUUUCUAAAAAGCCAACCUUAUCUCCUAUUUAUGUUGCGAUAUUAAUUAAUUAAUUUACAAAGUCUACAGAGCAAAAAGGUGAUUACAAAAUAUUCCUAGCUUAGACUACAGAUUUCACAAUUUACCAUUAAACAUGUCAAGACAAUGGUUAUUAAGUUUGAACAUUUAUCCUUCCGCACACACCUGUGUCGCUUUCACCAAUCACUUAAAUAAUUCUGGGAAGUUAAAUAAUCGUCAGCGUUCUUAUAUCGAGGCGGCGCUCUGUAAUGUACGAGAUUUAUCUCUAGAUUGGCUAUAAAGGACCGAGUGAAGUUCCCGCAUUCCUUGUACAUUACUAAGUAUCUAUCUAUAGGUAGGUGUACAUUGUAUAUUAACAACUUAAGCCCGUGGUUGCUAGCCUCGAGGGUCGUGGGUUCGAUUUCCACAUCGGGCAAAAUUUUGUGUGGUAACAGGUUUAUAUGCUCUCUACUGAGUGAUUAGGUAAUGUCCAUAUACCUAUGUAUGUAUAAACAUAUGUAAGUUUGUAUAUCGGUGUUUGGUUCCAACAGUCUUUGGACAACGAUCGUACCUAUUUCUACGACAAAUCAUUCGCGCGUCUUGUUUAGCGGAGCUUAUAGAAGUUAUAUAUAUAAAUAGUACCUACAUAGCGCCAUCUUAUCCCACUCGGAGACUCCCUCGUACCAAUAUGUAGUGGAUCUAGGAUUUAUUGUUACUGAUCUUCAAAUAUAUUAAUAAAUAAUAACAGUAAUAAGGUAGAAGUUUUGUUUUUGUAAAUUGAAGACUUUUACAAAAAAUGGUUUAAUGCAAAAUCAAUUUAAAUUUCAUGAAAUUUUCUGUUCUUAGAAUGACGGAAGCUACAGAUAGGUGCCGAUCAAUAAAAUAUAUUUUUUCACAAUUAAUUUCUGCCAAUACUAGAUAUUUCAAGUAUAUUUAUUAAAUUUAACACUGCAACAGCUCCGAGGGCACAUCUUGUAUUAUUUAAUUCCUUUGUACUAAAACAAGGCAAUCGGUUGAUACAGGCUGUUCCUUCCAUUUAAAAGACAUCAACGCGUGUACAUCUUGUCUCGUGUGAGGAACCAACAAAAUAUGGCACAUUAAAUAGAUAUUAGUAAAUAAUCAGGACAGUGCUUUCAGAGAAAAAUCCUAACUUCGCAUUUCAUUAUUGGCAAUUGCGUAAGAUUGUGUAAUCGGCACCCGAUUGUUAGUUUUUGAAUGAUUUUGCUGUGGAUACCUAUCUAUCUUCAUCGAUUAUAUUAUGUACUAUCGGCGCAGUCGUGGCUGUCAGGGCGUUCGUCGCCUCAGGCGGUGCCUUAGCGAUUUUGUUUUGUACCACUUUCUCAAAGUUAGCAGUCUUACUUCUAUGCGAGAUUAAUUAUUAUUUGUUUCUUGAUUAUUUAAGAAUAUUCAUCUAUUAAAGUUUUUUGAGAAAAAUGGGAGCCUUCCUUUCCGUGAAAUUUGGUAUGAAUAAACAGAUUCGCAAUUUAAAGUUUAACCGACUUAACGAUUCGAAAAUUUGUUUCUAAUGUUACAAAAAGAAGUAGUAUUUUUUCGUAAGUUGCACUUGAGAGUGGACAGUGGGCAACGUCCUCGGACAGGAGGGCCAGCAUAGCACGGGAGAUAAAUAGUUGAUGUCGGUGCGUAGUGUCGGGCGCGGGUAGCGCGGGGAGUGCGGUGAGUGGCGGCGGCGGCGCGCGGAGGCUGCUGCGCUCAGAGCACCUGCGCCCGCGCUCCGUAGCGCCGCUCGUCGCGUGCUCGAGUACCCGCGCUCCGGCCCGCGCGCCGCGUGAACACGCCGCCCACGAUUUUACUGAUAUCAAGUGUAGAGCGGGGUGCUCCUGAGAGGAGUCUCCGCCCGCACAAAGACGUCGCCCUUCGUAGUGAGACAGGGCGGGAUGUCCGCGUCGCCACAGCACGCGGGCGCUUGCGACGAGCGGGCACGCACGCCCAAAGCUUGCGGCUCGCCCGCGUCCGCCCCUCGCUCACCGGCCCCCGCACACGCUGUCCUAGCUACCAUGACCCCGGUGCAACCCGCCCAUGAUUACUACCCUCAUAAAGUAGAGAUGGAUUCCGAUGAUGGGUAUCCUCCUGAGGCCCAUUCGUAUCGGCACUCGCCUCACGAACUAGCCGCCUAUGCUACCGACAGUAAAGUGCCCGUUCAACCAGAUGUUUACGAACAAGGCAUGGAGUCAAUAGAUGAAAAAACUCCUAUUGAUCUGAUUUAUGAAGAUGAUAAGCAGACUGUAAUAUACACAACGACACCAGAUCAAAAGCGCGUGGAGAUGAUCAGUGGGCAGCUUGAAGACGGUCAGCUGGUGAGCGGAGGAGGGCAACUGGUCGACGGUGGUGUCUCUGUUGUUGUGGGCGCUCCUGGACAACCACCAACGGUUCUGGUCUUAGCUGAUCACAUGGUCGAUGAACUUGGUCAAGUUAUCACCAUUCCCAGGAGACGCAAAGAGGUGAUGGAAGUAGGCGGAGAGACAUGGCGCGCGUAUUAUUCCAGCGGGGCGGAUCACCCGCUGAGCGCGGCUACGUCGGCCGUGCUUGGCGUCUCAGAUGAUCAACAGCCUCAGCCGCUUGUCGCUGAUUAUUACAAGCUUCCUCCACUCGGACAAGAUACCCAUCUGCAUCUCCACAAGGAUGCUAAACUUGUUGAUGUCUGGCCGGCCGGCGCAGCACUAAAGGCAGCCAAUGGCGCGCACGGGGCGGAGUUGGGCGAACUCUCGGGCCUGCUCCACGCGGGCCUCGUGAAGCGCGAGCCCGAGGACCUGAGCCGCAAGGUGGUCGACGAGCCCGAGCCGCACGCGCUCAAGCCGCCUCGACAUAAGGUGGUGGUCGGCGAGCCUGGUGAAGCGGCGUCGCCGUCCCCGGUGCCAUCGCGAGCUUCUUCAGCAGGUUCACUACUUCCGGACGCAACGAUGUAUACCACCCAAAUGUUUGCUCCACCGGGCACACCUAGUCCCACCCCCUAUGGCGAUCAAUAUUCAAGACAGCCUUCGACUUUUGCGGGUGAACCUUACUACAGAGAAUAUUUUGUCGGAGAAGGCUACCAGCAGAGAGCUGCACCACCUUAUGAUGGAGAACCGGCUUCAGGUUCUGCGUUUAGCGAAAGAUAUGCUGCACCACGGUAUCACAGCAAGAGCGUGAUCGCAGCAGCCGGACUGACAGUGGACUUGCCAUCACCGGAUAGUGGCAUCGGUGCUGACGCAGUCACCCCUCGGGACCACACUGCCGUGCAGCAGUCGUUCGACUACACGGUAAUCUGCCAGCAGCCCGGCGUCGGCGAGGACGGCCGCGGCACCCCAUCGGCACAUCACUCGCCCGCGCAGGCUCCACGCACGCGACCCUGGCAUGACUUUGGAAGACAGAAUGACGCCGAUAAAAUUCAAAUCGCUAAAUUGUUUUCCCCAUAUGGGUUCAAAUACCAUUUGGAAACGGCGAGCAGCAGUUCACAGCGGCGCGAAGACGACCGUAUCACGUACAUCAACAAGGGCCAGUUCUACGGGAUUACACUUGAGUACAUACACGAUCCCGACAAACCACUUAAAAAUCAAACUGUAAAGAGCGUUGUAAUGCUGAUGUUCAGAGAAGAGAAAUCACCAGAAGACGAAAUCAAAGCGUGGCAAUUCUGGCACGGGAGGCAGCACUCUGUCAAACAAAGGAUACUGGACGCUGACACUAAGAACAGCAUCGGUUUAGCGGGUUGUAUCGAGGAGGUCGCUCACAACGCCAUCGCAGUAUACUGGAAUCCAUUGGAGAGUGCUGCAAAGAUCAACAUUGCAGUGCAAUGUUUAAGUACAGACUUCAGCAGUCAAAAAGGCGUUAAGGGUCUUCCAUUACAUAUUCAAAUUGACACUUUCGAAGACCCGCGAGACACACAAGUUUAUCACAGGGGAUAUUGUCAAAUUAAAGUUUUCUGUGACAAGGGCGCAGAAAGGAAAACUAGAGACGAAGAAAGAAGAGCAGCGAAAAGAAAGAUGUCGGCCACAAACAGAAAAAAACUGGACGAAAUAUACCACCCGGUGACCGAACGGAGCGAAUUCUAUUCGAUGGCGGACUUGUCUAAGCCACCGGUUUUGUUCAGUCCGGCGGAGGACAUCGAGAAACUGACCGGAAUGGACAUACAGGGCUUCUAUGGACAUGAUGACGCAUCAUUAGCAGAAGCGCAUCUAAAGGGUGCCUCACCCUUCCUUCUGCACGCGGCAAAGCCUCAAGCGCCUGCGCUUAAAUUCCACAAUCACUUCCCACCGGACGCGCCAGGAUACCGGGAGGUGGGUGCGUUAUCUCCCUAUGACCGCAAGGACUCGUUGGAGCUAGAGGGUGUACUGGGUAAGCGGGCGCGCACGUCCACGCCGCCGCUGAGCGAGCGCGUGAUGCUAUACGUGCGGCAAGACGCGGAGGACGUGUACACGCCUCUCCACGUGGUGCCCCCCACCACGCAGGGACUCAUGCAUGCGAUUGAGAAUAAGUACAAAAUUUCAAGUUCGGCCAUUAAUAAUCUUUAUCGAAAGAACAAGAAAGGGAUUACGGCCAAAAUUGACGAUGACAUGCUCGCGUAUUACUGCAACGAAGAUCUGUUCCUGCUCGAAGUAGUGCCGGCAGGUAACACAGACGACGAACGGCUCUACGACAUCAUCUUUGUGGAACUGCCCUUAGAGCAUUAGCCUUCGCGCCGCCUUCUUCAUACAAUGAACACUCUCCCGACGUAUUGAUGCGAACUUUAGUUCAAAAACUUUAACAUUCCCCUUUAGCACUCAUGCGAAAAUCUAUUAUAAUGGGAUAAGUUUGUCGAUCUCAGAUUGAAAUUUACUUUUAAGCGAUCCAUCAUCUUAACUUAAUUUUAAAUAACUCGACAUCACAAAUGUCUUCGUCAUAACAUUACGAUAAAAUGAAUUGUAAAUAUAUAUAAUUUUAUAGUGCCUUAUGAAAUUAAGCGAGAUCGAAUUUGUUGGUGGUGGCAAAUGAAAUUCGUAUUUGGUAUCCAGAAGUUGCGUAUAUUGAAUGAUAAUUAUCAUCUUGUAAAUGAUGAAUGAUCCGUUGCUGAAUUAAACGUGUGUGCCAUUCACUCGGUUAUUAUAUUAGAUGUAAUUUAGUUGUCCUCUCAACAGGUACCUUUUAAUCUUGCCAUGAUGAUAAGGAACUCUUGUCACAAAUCAUUAAAGCAUAAAGUGCCUUUGUCAUAAUAAUAUUAUAUUAAAUCUUUAUUAUAAGUGAGUUAAGUCAUAUUAAAUGCCAUCCACUUUGUUAAGUUUUGUAAGCUUAAGUUUGCUUCAUAAGCCCGCUCAAUUUUAUCAUUUAGUACUUUAAAACGUACAUUAGAAAUUUAAGUUGAAUAAUGUUCAUUGCUUUUAUUAUUUUACAUUGAAAUUUUAAAAAAACCUAAAUAACCAAUCCCUGGUAAUUACCACAGGACUUCUGUGGGCGUAAGGCACGCCGCACACAAUUUUAAGAAUUAAAACGUUACAAAAAAUGAAUGGUAAAAAUAUGUCUUUUUUUUCUACAUUGACCUGUAAACUAUGCAUACAACUCACAACACACAACUCGUUUAAUAGAGCAAUGAACACAAAACACGAUUUCCAGUCACAUUUUUUCCACAAAUACUUCAUCGCAUAGUCAUAUGUAAUUAGUCACAAAAAUGGUCCAUCUGAACAUUAUUACCCACGGGAAUGGUUUGUGAAUAAUUUUAAGUUUUAAUCGAUAUUAGAUUGUUAUUUUAAAUGAUUUCGAAAAAUUAGGUUAUCUGGCCAUGACAACAUUUUAGUUUUAUAAUAUUUGUGUCCAAGACUUAUUUACACGUAAGGUUUCAUAUCAAACAGACAUGUUUGUCUAGUUUAUCUUAAGAGUAAUCUACAACAAAAAUAUUAGUUUCAUUAGAAACACCGUAAUUUGAUGAAUAAACACCACAUCGUUUUUAAAAUUGAAAUAUAUAAUAGAAUGAAAUAUUUUAAUAUUCUUCCACCGAUACUAUAUCAAUCACACAGUUCAGUAAUGUAUUAUACUCGUAUUUGUCAAUCUCUUCGGUCGCAGAUAAACGCCAGGUGUAAUCACAAACGUGCCUAGUGCAGACGGUUUGUUUAACUGCCAUAUUAUGACAUAGUUUAGAAUACUUAAUGACUUUAGUAUAUAAUUUUAUAUUAGUUUUUAAUGUGACUUGAGGUAUGAUGCAUCGAAUUUUAAAAUUAAGAUCAUGUUAUCGAUAUACAACGUAUUUGUAUGUAAUGUGUUUGUUUUGUGUUAUUUUAUUUGUCGCGACUCGUCUGGCGGCGUCUGUUCGUCGCCUUCGAUGUCCUUUCUUCCAUUAUUUGGCUCGUGUACACUUGUUAAUUUGUAUCCACAAUUUUAUAUUUCUUUAAUAUUAUUAUUAUUUCUUUUACAUGUAUUUUAUAAGCAUUCGUUGCUCAAAGUCUGCGUUAGCCACUAGUUGGGCGGACUAUAACAUUGUUUUACCUACUUAAACUUAUUCCAAUAAUUGUAUUUAUUUAUAUACUUAUCAUAAAUUGCAGCUUUAAUGUAUACUUACAAUGAUGUUAGAUCGUGAUUCAGAAUCUCGUCAUAAGUCACAAAUGUCAGUAGCAAUAAUACGUAAAUCAGGCGUUGUGAAUUAAUGGCUGCGUUGCUUGUCGUGUCGCCAGCCGAGCCCCUUUAAUGGUUGUGCAAUGUUUAAAUGAGAGUAUAAUAUUUGUGUAAUUAUUGAAAUGAAUACUGCAUGUUAUUGUAGGAUGUUCGGUAAUGUGGAGAAGGGAGGGGGGGCGGGGGGCGUAAGGUUGACAUUGCGGCACACAACGCACUCUUGACACGUAGUCACAGUUGAAAGGCAACCAGAAAGUGGUAGCACAUAUUCGUCAAUAAAUGUCUACUGUACUUAAGUUUUAAAUAAAAUAGAUGUUACGUUAUUCUUUUAUAUGAAUAUUUGUAAGUUGUCAUAAAAUAUUAUUAAUAUAAUUAUUUUUAUCAAAGUUUAUAAUCUAAAUAAAAUGUUUUUUUCUUCAAAA